CAGUAGCUUAAGUAUGGCAGUUUUAUGGUAGUAGUUCAUUCAUAAUAAUGCAUAGCAUUGAUGGAAGAAUGAAAAGAGCGGCCAACAGGGCCAUCAUCUUUGGCAGCGCCCGUCACUUUGGACUGGUGACUUCGGACCUCGUCGACCAUCAGUAUUAUAUGUGUACGUACUUAGUCCAACUUUGUUACCAGUUUCGCAUUCGAUCACUACAUGCCCAACUCAAAAUGAUGAAGGUUUCUGUUGUGAGAUUAGUUUCGAUACUCUCACUUUUCAAUAUAUUAUUUGUCUGCUGCUUUAGCUCCUCCGUGCAGAUGAUACCAGGCGGGAACGAAACAGAUAAGCUGGCGUUGCUUGCCAUCAAAGCUCAACUAAAGGAGGAUCCCAAUCAGUUCCUGAGUUCAUGGAACGAGUCGUCUCACUUCUGCCUAUGGCGCGGCGUGACAUGCAGUAAACGACAUCGUGAGAGGGUCACUGGGUUGGACCUUUCGGGACAAAAAUUGGCGGGAACCAUAUCCCCACGCAUAGGAAAUCUAAGCUUCCUAAUGGAGCUGUAUUUCCAGAACAACAGUUUGAGCGGCCAAAUCCCACCAGAAUUUGGGCGUCUGCGUAGAUUUCAGGAUUUCUUCAUAAUAUCCGUGAUACGCAGAUUGUUCAUUGUGAUCUCAAGCCAAGCAAUGUGUUUCCGGCUUUGGACUGGCAAGAAUUCUGCCAAACUUAGCUGAUAAUGUUUCUGGAAAUCAAACAAGUUCCAUUGGAAUAAGAGGAACCGUUGGUUAUGCUGCUCCAGGUGUGUUUGGAUUCGAUAUUUAGAAUGGGGAUUUUGUGUUCUGCUGAAUCCCCAAGAGACCGAAAGUAUAUUAGUGAUGUUGUAACCGAAUUGCAAUCCACCGUGAAGUUUUGUUGAAGCAGUCAAUGAAGGUAUAUGCAAAGUCUCACCAAAUAAUGUAAUAUAAGAUUAACCUGUUAACAACAGCAUUUAUUUCCUUUAUUUUUUGCAUCUUUUGAUUUGUUGUGCAGCACCAAUGUUACUUGCAUAAGAUCGUAAUCUGAUUGCAAUCAUCUGUUA